UGGAUGAAUCAAACUGAUAACGGAUGACGUUUCUGGCUUGUCACAUAUUCAUAUGAGUUUUGGAAGGGACGCGGACUGACUUAUUCUCAUCGUGCACGCCGGUUCUAUAGAUGAAGGUCGAAAUCGACGCGUUCUCCGGUUUCCGUGUGUACCCUUCCAAGGGCAAACUCUUUGUCCGUGGAGACUCCAAAGUUUUCCGAUUCUCCAGUUCCAAGAACUCUUCCCUGUUCCUCCAGCGCAAGAACCCACGUAAGAUCGCAUGGACACAGGUCUACCGCCGCAUGCACAAGAAGGGUAUUACCGAGGAAGUUGCUAAGAAACGUUCUCGCCGGACCGUGAAGCACCAACGUGGCAUCGUUGGUGCUGACCUUGCUACUAUUGCCGCUAGGCGCAACCAGACCGCUGCUGUCCGCAACCAGCAGAGAAUUUCGGCCAUUGCAAAGGCCAAGACUGAGAAGAAAGAGAAGGAGUCGAAAAAGGCUAAGCCUGCACGUGCGCCUGUUGCAAGUGGACCUAGGGUAUCGAAGCAGCAGAUGAAGGGUGGCAAGGGUGGCCGAUGAGCAGUUCUUUUGUUGUUGGCACAUGCCUAUGUAUCGCACAUUCUUUUCUACAUGACUUCUCGCGCGCAAAAUAUAUGCUGCAUGCUUCUACAUGGUACAUCCGCAUCUGUUGACUCUUGGGACGUCCGUACGUCUCGUGCAUUUCGAUGCUCAGUCAGCUUGAGGUAGAGUUGUAUUACAGGUAUGUGUAGUAUGUACAGAAUUUCCGCAGGAAGAUCUAGAAUACGGUGACGGCGGUAUAUACGAAUGUAGUCCAAUAGAUGAAAUAGCAGAUCAAAGUUUUGGAGUGUCGUUAACACGCGCCGGCGCGUACUUCGC